AUCUUCUUCCUCUCUUCUCUCUCUCGUGAAUCUUUUCUUUUCCCUUACCAACAAAAAAAAGAACUUUGAUUCUCUUAGCAGGAAAGAGACACACGAUAAACCGAUUAAUAAGCAAUUUUCUAUUUUCUCAACAAAUCUUUUCAAAAAAUCCACUUUUGGUUCUUUUCCAUUAGAUUCUGAUUCUCCACUGCUGCAAUCAUUUCUCACCGUUUUCCUCUGCAUGCUCUUCGCCUCCCUAAAACCUAAACGCGUUUGCAAAAAUGGCGAUUUUGGAUUCUGGAGGAGGCGUCGUCUCUAUGCAUACAGAGAACGGUGUUGCGGAUCUCGAUACGCUUCGUCGACGUAAACCGAGAUCGGAUUCUUCUAACGGUCACCUUUCCGAUUCCGUAACUGUCCCCGAUACUUCCCCGUCAGAUGAUGUCGGAGCUCCGGCCGACGUGAGGGAUCGGGUUGAUUCCGCUCAGGGAAGAGAGAAUUUGGCCGGAGAUACCGAAAGUAGGGAAUCCGGAGGAGGAGGAGAUGGGAGGUUCACGUAUAGGCCUUCGGUGCCAGCUCAUCGGAGGACGAGGGAGAGUCCACUCAGCUCUGACGCUAUCUUCAAACAGAGCCAUGCAGGAUUGUUCAACCUCUGUGUUGUUGUUCUUGUUGCUGUUAAUAGUAGACUCAUCAUCGAAAAUCUCAUGAAGUAUGGUUGGUUGAUAAGAACUGAUUUCUGGUUUAGUUCUACAUCGCUGCGAGAUUGGCCGCUUUUCAUGUGUUGUCUAUCCCUUUCAGUCUUUCCGUUGGCUGCCUUUACCGUUGAGAAAUUGGUGCUCCAGAAAUGCAUAUCUGAACCUGUUGCCAUCAUUCUUCAUGUUAUUAUAACCAUGACAGAGGUCUUGUAUCCAGUCUACGUCACCCUAAGGUGUGAUUCGGCCUUCUUGUCAGGUGUCACGUUGAUGCUGCUCACUUGCAUUGUGUGGCUGAAGUUGGUUUCUUACGCUCAUACCAGCUACGACUUAAGAACCGUGGCCAGUUCAGCUGAUAAGGUCGAUCCUGAAGUCUCCUACUAUGUUAGCUUGAAGAGCUUGGCGUAUUUCAUGGUUGCUCCCACUUUGUGUUAUCAGCCUAGCUAUCCACGUUCUCCAUGUAUCCGGAAGGGUUGGGUGGCUCGUCAAUUUGCAAAACUGGUCAUAUUCACUGGACUCAUGGGAUUUAUAAUAGAGCAACAUUUCUGUAUUGUCAACCGCUUGACUGCAUCUACUUUUGUUACUUCUUUGGCAGUAUAUAAAUCCUAUUGUUAG